AUGACCGCUCUCCCAGGCCUCUCCCUCCCCGGCCUCUCCCUUGCCCCCGCUCUUGCCCCCUCCUCCACCGAGACCCGCACACAAGACCUGCCCGCCGGCAGCGAAUACCGCUUCGAAGUCCCCUUCACUCGCACUUUGCGCCUCCGCCUCCUCAGUGGCACCGCCGAGCUCUUCGGCACCGAGCUCGCGCCCAACUCCAAAGAUGCCUAUACUCUAUCCGGCACAAAGGGCGCUGUCUACACGUGGCACGGGUGCCGACUGGAGCUCGCAGGCGAGCCUGAGAGCGAGUAUGUCGCCGAAGAGACGCAGAUGACGAGCUAUGCGAACUUGCACUUUGCGCUGGAGAACGCACGGGAGAAGGCAGAGACACAGAAAGAGAUUGGGCCCCGGGUGCUGGUGGUGGGGCCAGAGAACGCGGGGAAAACGAGUCUGUGCAAGAUCUUGACGGCGUAUGCGACCAAGAGCGGACGGCAGCCAGUGGUGGUGAAUUUGGAUCCCAGGCAGGGAUUGUUGAGCAUUCCUGGUGCGCUGACGGCGACGACGUUUGCGAGUGUGCUGGAUGUGGAGGAGGCCGGGGGUUGGGGGAGUAGUCCCAUUUCUGGACCCAGUGCGGUGCCGGUCAAGAUGCCGCUGGUGUAUCAGUAUGGGCUGGGCAGUCCGGAGGAGGGGAAGACAUUCAGGCCAUUAGUAACCAGGAUAGCGCUCGCCGUGACGAGUAGGCUGGAGGAGGAUGAGCAGGCGAGAGCGAGCGGGUGUAUCAUUGAUACCGCUGGCGCGAGCAGUCAUGGGAAGGGAGGGGUAUAUGAGAAUAUUACACAUAUAAUAUCGGAGUUUUCUGUCAACGUCCUCCUCGUCCUAGGCUCCGAACGCCUCUACUCCGACCUCUCCCGUAAAUUCUCCAACCGUCCCUCCGAAGAUCUCAUCUCCGUCAUCAAGCUCGAUAAAUCCGGUGGCUGCGUCGACCGCGAGGAGGCCUACAUGCAACAGCUCCGCCAAUCCCAAAUCCGCUCCUACUUCUUCGGCCAGGGCUCCAACAACCUAAGCCCGCACACGCACUGGGCCAGCUACAGCAGCAUUAAAAUCCUCAAGAUCAACGAUGCCAGCGCGGGCGUUGGUUCUUCGUUCCUCCCUGGUGAUGACGACGACGACGUGUAUGGGUCGACAACGGCGCCGAUAUACGAGACCGUAGCGCCGUCGCCUGCGAUCCUGAACUGUCUACUUGCUGUUACGAAUGCGAGCAUGACGGACAGACAUGAGGCGAUCAGGGACUCGAGCAUCAAGGGAUACAUCUAUGUCGCAGAUGUGGAUGACACGAAGGAGAAGGUGAGGCUACUGGCACCGUUAAGUGGAGCCAUACCGACGACGGCAAUGGUUAUGGGGACGUUUCCGGAGGAUGUAUCGGGAUUGGUUGGCUAG